CUCCGCCCUCCGGCUUGGCAGCGCCCCCGCCCACGGCCGCGGCAGGCGAGCGGGGAUGCCCUAUCUCAUUAUUGAAGAAAGCGUUCUUCAGCACUCCGUUGGCUUCCUAGUUCAAUAUGUUGAAAUUUGAGGCUUGUUUUCAGUGACUUCAUGAGCCAUUGAGGAGCCAAGUUCUGUGGGUUAUCGGAUUGUCCCGUGAGGAUUAAUCAAUCAGUAGCGAGAUUGUGUGUGGCAAGGAGGCAGUUUAAUCUGGAUUUUGAAACAAUGAGUACCUGUAAAAAGGCCAGGGCAGAAGCUACAUCUAUUGUGAGUUCAGACAGACUAAGCAGUCUACCUCCAGAGAUAAAGGGCGACAUCCUCUCCCGUUUGAAUGUCGAAGAAGCGGUUAGGACUAGCAUCUUAUCAACUACUUGGAGGGAUGAAUGGACUGAUAUGCCAGAAAUAUCUUUGUGCGAUGGGAAUUUUACACGAACCAAGUUCAUUACCUUGGUUGAUAUGGUGCUAUUACUGCACAAGGGAAUUAUAGAAGAGUUUGAUAUUUCAGGUAACAAAAGUUACCAUGAUGAGUUCGGUAGGUGGAUGCUCAUGCUGUCAAGGAGAUCACCAAAAUCAGUUAUAAUCAAGUUGAACUCAGGGCCAAGGUAUAGGAUUCCCUCAUACCUCUUUUCUAUCGACGGUCUGAUGUCUCUGGAACUUGAAAACUGCAUCAUCAGCUUGCCCCUGGUAUUCCAAGGUUUCAAGAGCCUAACGGACCUCAGCUUGAAAAAUUUCUACUCCACAGACAUGGAUAUCCAAACAUUGAUCUCGUCCUGCCCUGACCUGACUGAUUUGAUAUUAACUUCUGUUGAGGGCAUCGACUGUCUAAACAUUCAAGCUCCUAAACUGGAAUAUCUUAAUGUUGAAGGGGAAUUCGAAGACAUUAAGUUGGAUGCCCCUAAUCUGGAGGUGGCCAUUUUCUCUCUUGAUCAGAAAGCUAAAGCAUACCAAUCUGUUCCAAUUGCGCAUGACAAGGAAGGCUAUGUCAAACAGUUAUUGGAAAGCAUAAGUGACGUCAAAACACUUUCAGUUAGUGGCUCUCUUUUCCUGAAGUAUCUAAUAAAAGGAUGCAUACUUACGAAGUUCCCUGCCAUGUUUCAUCGCCUGGAGAAUAUUUAUCUUGGCAUAUGCAUUUGGGACCAGAGGCAAGCCUCGGCCAUUUGUUCAUUUUUCCAGAAUGCCCCUAACUUAAAGAUGGUUGAGCUAUGGAGUUACCCUAGGAUCACAUGGGAGCACUAUCAGGAUCAGGCAAUCAUUCAAGAGCUCACCCUGGAAAUGCAAAUGGACCAUCUCGUAACGGCCAAUGUGAAACAUUUUGGGGGUCUGGACUACGAAGUCGAUUUUGUGGCAAAGCUACUGAGCUGGGCACCUGCUUUGGAAGAAGUGAAAUUAGAGUGGAAAGGUAAAAUUGACCGCAGCAUGGUUCUUACGAAGCUAUUAGCUCUGCCGAGGGUGUCUCCCAGGGCCAAGAUCAUUAUUACAUGAUAAGUAUGCUCCCUCAUCACUUUGCCAAUCUAAUUUGCCGCAGGUAGAAUUAUUUUGGCUUUGUUUAUGUGAAUGUACCAACUAGGACUAGCUGGUGGUUAUAUGUAAUGUAUACGUGCAUUUGAAGCAAAUCAUCAGGUAGAGGUAGUGUACUUUGUUGCGAACAUCCGGUGGGACAGUAUCAGUUUAGUUUGUCCAGUUC